AUGAAUGAUCUGCUGUGGGUACUGUACUGGUAUUACAUGAAUUGGGCUGCUGAGAACAACUUUUUAGUCAUUGACCGCUCUGAUGUGGAUGCGGCACUUCCAACAAUGCCAAUGCAAUCCACCGAUACCGAUAAAAUAAUUGAAAUCUUAUUGAUACUGCUAUUGCCGCCUCUGGCAAUUUGGUAUCACGACCGUGCAUGUUCAUGUGCAGUUUGCCUCAACAUCGUUCUUCUCUUCAUUUUCGUUUUACCUGCAAUAGUACACGCUGUAUGGUACUGCUAUAUAAAGGAUGCGAACUGA